AUGACCUCUAUCGUCGCCCUUCGCGCCCCCGUCGCCCUUCGCGCGGCGGCCGCCACCAGGAAGCAGCGCGCGCCUCUCGCAGCCAAGAUCACAGCGGCCGCCAAGCCCACCGUCAAGGCACCGAUGGUUGUCAAAUCGGUAGCGACCAAGUCCUCCAUCGCGAGGUUGGCCUCCGCCGCGACCUUCCUCGGGUCCGCCCAGGCCGCCUUCGCGUCCGAGGUGGCGCAGCUCGCCGAGGGCGACGAUCUCAUCCCCACGCUCGCCAUCUUCGCCUCCCUCGCGGCCGUGCUGUGGUCCUCCCAGGGCGCCAUCAAGGGCAUCCUCGCGGUGCUCGUGGGGGGCGAGGAGGCGACGGCGUCUCACAUCCUCGUGAAGGAUCCCUCCCUGGCUCAGUCGCUGCUGGAGAGGCUCCAGGACGGCCCCCAGGACAACCUCGAGGACAGGUUCGCGCGCGAGGCCGGCAACUACAGCGAGUGCCCGUCCAAGAGCAAGGGCGGCAGCCUGGGCACGUUCAAGCCCGGGCAGAUGGUGAAGGAGUUCAACGACGCGGUGUUCAACGGUCCGGUGGGCGUGAUCCAGGGGCCGGUGAAGACGCAGUUCGGGUACCACCUCAUCCUGGUCACCGACAGGGUCGAGCCGGAGAAGAAGUGA